AUGGAAAUUUUGGCGAUGAAGAAUAAUUUCGAUUACACUGUUAUCAAAUCCACGAGAAAAUGGUGGUAUUGCCGAUACAAGGAUGCAUUAUGCAAUUGGAGUGUGCGUGCAGAAGGUCUGGACGGGUCUGCAUAUUUUAUGAUCAACCGGUGUGAGGAACGACAUUCAUGUGCACCUUCAAAGAAAAGCAAUUUCGGAAAAACAGCAUCGGCAAGAACAAUUGGGAGACUAAUACAACAUCGAUACGGAGAUGCCAACGAUGGCCCAAAACCAAAUGACAUCAUUGACUUUAUAAGAUUGGACCAUAGUUGUGAGAUUACUUAUGGGCACGCUUGGGAAGCUCGGGAGUUUGCUAUUGCAGCUGCUAGAGGUAUAGCAGAUCGCAGUUAUGCUAAAAUACCAUCGUAUUUGCAUAUGCUUAAAGAAGCUAAUCCUGAUACGCAUACUCACUAUGAAAUUAAUGACAAGGGGAGAUUCAUAGGAGUUCUACUUGUUGCUACUGCUGUAGAUGGUAACUCUAACUUGUAUCCGAUUGCAUUUGGAGUUGUUGAUUCAGAGAAUGAUGAUUCAUGGGGUUGGUUCUUCAGGCAGUUGAAAGUGGUUAUUGCUGACUGUCAAGACUUGGCUUUUGUCUCAUAUAGAAAUUCAUCUAUUGCUAAAGCGAUUGGGACUGUCUACCCGCGAUCAGCACAUGGAAUAUGCAUUCAUCACUUGUUGACCAAUGUGGUUGCAUUUUUCAAGACAAAAGGGUUCACUGCCUUGGUUGAAAAGGCUUCACGGGCAUAUAGGUUCACUGAAUUUGAGGAACAUAUGACCCAAAUUUUUGAUAUGAGUCCUGAGCUUGGAAGAUAUCUACAGGAGGCUGAUGUGCGCAAAUGGGCUUGUUCUCUGUUCCCUGGAUCCAGGUACGACAUUAGGACCACAAACCCUGCAGAGUCAAUAAAUUCAGUCUUGAGAGUACCUAGAGAAUAUCCGGUUAUUCCUUUGCUAGAUAGUAUAAGAGAACUGUUGACUCGAUGGUUCUAUGAGCGUCGCCUGGUAAGCUCUAAGCAUCUUGAUCCUUUAACCGCUGAGGUAGAGAAAAAGAUAGAUAGGAGAAUUGUGAAGGCAAAGGGGUUUAAGGUUUACAAGACUGGCAACGUCAAAUCAGUGGUGAAAGGAGACAUAUAUGAUUUUCAUGUUGAUUUGGAAAGAAGAACAUGCACAUGUGGGAAGUACGAUAUAGGAAAAAUUCCUUGCCGACACGCCAUUCCAGCAAUUUAUUCACGAGGUUUGGAAGUACACAGAUUUACCGACGCCUUCUACAGCACUAAGCGUAGAGAACCGCAUAUGAGGAAAGCAUUAACCCAAUAG